AAUACACUAAAGUUUUAACUACAGUGCGUCGAGAACUGACUAGAAGUAAAAGCGGCUAAUUUCUUGCAGUUUAAUUUAUAUCCAAUUGAUCAUCCAAAUUUGAGAAUAAUUGCGAAUAUACAUAUAAAGGAAAUACAUAUUAACGUAUGCCGCAUAUGGUUAAUAGGCUUGUAUCAAAAUAUACGACAGAAUGUAGGCGACUGUAAGAUGAGCCUUGAUCCUUUCGUAGAGUGCCAAAAAAAAGCCCAAAGCGGCAAACAAGAACUUUUCUAAUUCAUCAGCCAAGUGCAGAAAAAGCAACGUAACUUAAUGUGGGGAAUUGCAAGCAGAGCUGUGAUGGACGCGUAUAACAACACACCAAUGCUUUCCACAAAACGCAGAACCACCCUAACUGCAAUGACGUGAAUGCAAUUUCAAUGCACCAAGGCAAAAACUUCCGUAAACGCCACACUGCUGGCCAACAUAUUUUACAAAUAUUUUCACAAAAGUACAAAAAGUACAAAAGCUACAAUUAUAAAGCAGGCAAACAACAAUAACUAUAAAUUAUAAACGCACAUAAAAGUACAUACAUACAUAGCUACACUGAAGCGCCAAUCGUCGGUGUUGUCGCCUAAAUGAAGUUAACAAUCUGUCAAAUUGGUAAAUUAUUUCUGCUGCUGACAGCCUUCUACCUACUCCUCCUCGAUUCCCCACAGUUGUUGGGUGUGCAUUGUACACUGGCGAGCUCGGAGUCCACCACACAGAGAGUUGCCAACGUAAAACGAGGUGCAUUGGAUGCUGCUACUGCUGGUGAAUUGACAACAACGAGUGCGAAAAUAACUGCAACAACAACAGCAACGACAAAAACGAAACAAAUAACUACAGCCAUUAAUGCAAGUGCUGUCAGAGCAGUGAUAGUUGACAACAAUAAUAAUAAUAAUAAUAAUAAUAGCAAGAAAAAUAAUAGUGCAAGCGACUGUAAGGUAGAAGCUGGCGUGAAGGCUGAACAGCUAUCCGAAGUACGAGUACAACAAAUUAUAAUUUCAAAGGUAAAUAUUACAGAAAACAAGCCAAAAAUCAAAGAAACAACCCAGACAACUGUGGGAAAACAGAUAGGACAAGUGACAACAGCUCAACGCACGACUGGGGCGGCAACAUCAACAAGCCCAUUGGGAUCGACGGCGUUGGAGCACGAUUUCACAAAAAUAGAAGGUGUGCAAAAACUGCAAAAAGAAAGCAAAAUAAACCAUAAAGCUUAUAGAACAACAACAGUGGAAGUGGAGAAGUCAACGGAAAUCGGGAAGCCACUGACGCUGGCAGUGGCAGUAGCAGCAACAGCAGCAUCAACAGCAGAAAUACGAAGAGGAAAGGAUGGGCAGUUGUCAACAGUUGGGCAACAUGUUGCGGAAACUGCGAAAGACAGACCACAACGACAACAACAUUUGCUCGCAAAACAAAAGCAACAGCAAGGACAACUGCAAACGUUGCCAGACAAUCAGCAGCAAAGUCAACAGCAACAAGUGCAGCAACAACAACAUCAAAAAGUCACUGCACGGCGACCAACAGAGCAAGUUGGCACAAAACUGCGGCCAACAAUAGCAAGACAAACAACAACACCGUCAACUUACUCAACGGCCAUGUCUGCCAAAACAACUACUGGCAUUCACUCAUCCAGCCAAACGAGUAAAAUUAAAAAGUUUCCAACCAAAGUGUCAAAGCAGCAACAACAACAGCAACACCAAAAAUACCAACAAAACCCAGCAAAUGGAAAGACUCAACCGAAAGACAACCGAAACCAAAGCAAACAAAAGCGACGUGAAGCGCAACUGAGGCAGCAGCAGCGCCAACAACGGGCGAAUGGUGUUGAAAAACAACAACUGUUCAAUCAGAAACAACUACUGACACAACAGCAACAACUAAAAGAGGCUGCUGAGCUGCAUCUAGUAGCAAGAGAGCAAUUGCAACAGGAUGCACAGCACGUGCCACAACAGCAACCGCAACAAAAUCAGCAGCAGUCGCAGCCAAGACCCGCACACGCCACUCGAGGCCGCCAGCAUGUAGGCGUUUUAAUUCCGUCCCGCAUACUGGACGUGUUGCAAGUGCAACAGGGUUUUCACAAUUUUCUGGAUUUCUUUCACGUCAAUCUACAAAAUGUCAGCGUCGAUUUUAUACGUGACGAUGAUCUAAGUGGCUUCAUUAAAUUGCUCGAACAUCCGAAAUAUACAACUGUGGUGAAAACCUUAAAUGCCGGGAUUAAUUUUGCUGUUGAAGAAAGGUCGUCGAGUGUGAAAACAGCAUCAGUCAAUGGAGCACCAGCAGCAAAAGCAAAGCAGCAAAGUCAACGUCAAUCACAGCAACAAUUUGUACCAGCAACACAGAUUAAUAAUGCAACAGCGGCUUUAACGGAGACUGCUGGCAAAAUGAAAAAGUCAUCAACGUCAAGUAAUGCGCCACUUGUCGCCUACUGUCACUUGGCUGAACAGCUGUCACGAGACUUUAAUAAAACCGUACUCGUUUGGCCGUGUCCCCGCAUGAAGCCUCAGAUCAAAAAUAGCCUGAAACCUCGUUUGGUAUCACAGAGCUGGAAGAGGUCCUUUACGGUUCUGACGGAGCUGAUGGUGUUAAUUUAACGUCAUUUUACAUAGACGUAUAAGUUCCACGGGGAAAUCAAUGUAAGACGUGACAUAUCGCACAUUUAAUAAUAUAUAGAGCAGUUGUCGACAUACUUACACAAUCAAACGAUUCAAUAAGUGAGAU